AUGAAGUCUCAUGAAAUUAGCAUUACUAUACCAAACGUUGAAAAGACAAUUCAAAUCAACACCGGAUUAUUUAUCAAUAACGAAUUCGUAGAGGCAGUUGAUGGUAAAAAAUUUGAAACAAUUAAUCCAUCGACAGGAGAAGUAAUUGCAAAGGUUUCAGAAGCAUCAGAAAAAGAUGUUGAUAUUGCAGUUGAAGCAGCUGUAGAAGCUUAUAACAAUGUCUGGUGUCACGUGGAGGGAAAUGAGCGGGGUCGUUUGUUGAAUAAAUUGGCUGAUCUUAUGGAACGAGAUUUGGAUGAAUUAGCAGCAUUGGAAUCUUUAGAUAAUGGUAAAACUUUAUCUUUUGCAAAAAAAGUAGAUUUAUCCGGUGCAAUUGAUUGUUAUAGAUAUUAUGCAGGAUGGUCUGAUAAAAUUCAUGGAAAGGUGAUAGAAACUUCAAAGAAUACACAUUCAUAUGUGCGACAUGAACCGUACGGUUGUGUUGGUGCAAUAACUCCUUGGAAUUUUCCUUUGUUGAUACAAUCAUGGAAAUUGGCACCAGCUUUAGCAUGUGGUAACACUGUAGUUUUGAAAACGUCAGAAUAUACGCCAUUAUCAGCAUUAAAAGUUGCUGAAUUAUUUAAAGAAGCAGGAUUUCCUAAAGGUGUUGUUAAUAUUUUAUCGGGGUACGGUACACCUACCGGUGUUGCCAUGGUUAAACAUGAAAAAAUUGAAAAAAUCACGUUUACAGGAUCCACGAGUGUUGGAAAAAAAAUUCUUAAGGCAUCAGCUGACAGUAAUUUGAAAAAAGUAACAUUGGAAUUGGGAGGUAAAUCACCAAAUAUAAUUUUGGAAGAUGCAGACCUGGAUGAAGCAGUGAAAUGGGCAAACGCGGGAAUAUAUUUUAAUCAUGGUCAAUGUUGUACUGCUGGUUCUCGUGUUUAUGUUCAGGACACAAUCUAUGAUCAAUUCUUGGAAAAGUUUAAAGAACAUACCAACAAAAUCAAAGUUGGUGACCCAUUUUCUGAUGAUACUUAUCAAGGUCCUCAAAUCUCACAAGAACAAUUUGAUAAAAUAAUGUCUUAUAUUGAAAGUGGCAAGGAAGAAGGUGCUACUUGUUUAGUAGGUGGCGAAAGAUUAGGUGAUAAAGGUUAUUUUAUUAAACCAACAAUUUUCACGGAUGUGGAUGAAAAAAUGAAAAUAAUGCAAGAGGAAAUUUUUGGACCCGUAGUUGCAAUAUCAAAAUUUAAAACCGUUGAGGAAGCCAUUGAAAAAGCUCAUAUAACUAAAUAUGGUUUGGCUGCCGCUAUUUUUACCAAAGAUAUUUCAAAAGCAAUUAAAAUUUCUAAAUCAUUAAAAGCUGGAACUGUUUGGGUGAAUUGUUUUAAUUCACUAUAUUCAAGCGUUCCUUUUGGUGGGUAUAAAGAAUCUGGCAUUGGUCGUGAACUUGGAAAAUAUGCUUUAGAUCAAUAUACUCAACUUAAAGCUGUCCAUAUUAAUUUGGAAAAUUAA